GUCUCUCAGAAUUUAUAAACGAGAAUUGCAAUAUCAUCUUUGGUCAUGCAUGAGAUUGCUUUGGGAAAAAUGAGAUUUUCCUCUUCAAUGACACAGGGUGAGAAGUGAGACUUCAGAUCCAUUCCUACCUUUGCUGCAAGGUGGCAGCACUGUCAUGUGGCAGCGACUGAAAAUUUUAAACAGAACAACAGAGAACCACAAGGGAGUAGAGAAUCAUGUGAUCAUAGGAAGGGAACAGUCAACAAAAAUCAUGAAACCCCAGGAAAGCGACGGAGCCCUUUAAUCUGCUCUCCUGUGUUGAAAGAAUCAAGCAACUGCAGCAGAGGAAGAGAAGCAGGCCUAGGGGAGAUUUGCUGCUGGGCUGGAUGCCCAGGGCUUCCUUUAUCCCUUCCCCAUUUUAGCCAGCAAACUGUCCUUCAGGGAUCUCCCUUCCAUUAAUGUUUCCCACCAAGACUCUGAUGCUUAGUUUGGCCAGAUUUCAAGCUGUAUAGAGGCGUCAGUAAACAGGGUGCUACUUAAAUAGUAAUUUGAUUAAAAUCGCACAAAGCCCCUAUGUAAAGUCCUUUGAACCAACUCUUUAUGUGAUUAUCAAUCAAGAGUUUCGGCCUCCAGAAUCUUCCCAUGCAUAGCUAAGCCCAUGUGGGCUUCAAAGAAGCAUAUUUGCAGCAGGUAGGAAAGCUGUGGAGGCCCUGGACAUCGACAAAUAUCUAAUUAGAUGUGUCCUUCUUUAUGAUCUCACCUAGCUAUGCUAUCAAGAAGUCUUUAGAGUCAGGCAUAGUGGUACACAGCUGUAAUCUCCGUUCUUGGGAGGCAAAAGCAAGAAGAUCCUAGGUUCAAGGCCAGCCUAGACUACAGAAUGAAUUUCAAGAAAGUCUGGGCUAUAAGGAAAGACCUCUUAGAAAAAUCUUUAGAGCUUAAUGCUGAUUAUAUACUCUUUGCUAAAAGAAACAAUUUUUUUUUUGGGGGGGGAUGCAAUAGCAGCGAUUCCCAGCUGCAGACAGUAUCACUCAUGCACCAUAUACAGCUCUUUCUCACAACCUCUUGACCCAAUUGCCGCAAGAAAGUUGUUUUAACUAUUCUCAUUCCAUUAUUCAUAAGUGUGAAAAAUACACAAUUCCAUAGAUAUUCCUAUGCUCAUAUGAACUUUAUGGUUAUAACUGUAAAUGAAUUCCAAAGAUCUUUUGGAUGAGACUCAGUUUAUACAAGGGAAAAACUGAGAUCCUGAGUAGCCAAAUAAUUUCCCCAAGGUGGCCAAACAGACUUGAACUAGAACUUAGUUCUACUGAUUCCUAAAGUCCAGUGUUCUCCCCAACAUAAGGCACUGACUCAUUCAGCCCUAGUUUCUUCCUCUCUCCUAGAAACUGUACCUCUAAAUAGGCAUCUCCGUAUCGCUUAAUGUUGGUGUGUAUAGCUAUGUGUCUCCAUCAGAGAGCACGCCUGUGAAUGAGUACGUGUCUAUCUGCAAGUAUUUAUGGAGCAUAUCUUCGGGUGUUUAUGCCCUUUCUGUUAGGGAAAUCUCUAGAUAAUGACAGUUCUCAAGUUGGCAGCGGUGAAGCUGGGCCGGACCUUCAAAGUCAAUCAUUAAUAAGUAGAUUUGGAUUUUUCUCCAAUCAGCUAUAUUCCUGGGUCUUCAGGAAACAGGGCAAAAUAGUCAGGGUAGAACCAGAUAGUCAGUCAGAGUGCAACUUGGUUCCAGGACAGUAAAAGCAACACGAGGCAAGGCUAUACGGGGCUAUGACGGAGUAACAGUGGGCUAUAGGCAGGAAGUGCUCAUGAGCUCAGACUGGCAUGGAUACCAUCUUAAUCUUCAGUCUCAUCGUUGCAUCCUAUGAUUCCAACAAGAACGAUCCCAGAGAGAGCAGCUGCCAAAUGGAACAGCUACCCAGCUUCUUCCCAAAGGAUGUGAGAAGCCAAAUGGAUUUCGUAAUAAGAGUUCUUCCAGAAAUUCACACAGAUGUCAAAGGGGCCCCGUUCAUCCAAAAUCAGACUAUAGCUACCCUGCAGUGCCUUGGCUUUGGGAAGAGAAAGAGAGUCCACCUUGUGUAUUCAGAGGGAAGGCCAAAGGUCAAGUACACGCUGAAGAACCUGAGAGUCUACCAUAGAAACAGCAAGGCCUCCCCAAGCUGUCACCUCAUGCCCACUUCCCAGUUUCAGAAUGGAUCCCUUCUAACAGCUUUCUUACCGGGGAUCUAUUGGUGCAAGGUCUACCCAGCAAAGGGUAGAUCUGCUUCAUCAGAGACGGUGCCCAUCACUACCACCUCCACAGCUGCUAGAAGGAAAAGAGAGAAAACUACAAGCGCUGGGGACUUUUCCAGCCCUUUGUCACAAGACAUAGAUGCGUCCUUAAAGGAGAGGCAGAAAUGGAGUAUUGUCACCAAAGCUCUGAUUGCUGCUACUCUGCUGCUCAGUGGAGUCUUCAUUAUAGUGUUUGUAAUCUUUGAAGUCCCAUUUCCAUGCCCAAGUCCCUGCCUCAGAGUCAGAAGACUGUGCCAAUGGCAAUGGUUAUGGAGAAGGGAAAGGAAGGAAGACCAGCAACCUAGGACAACUGAGUCCCUGUUGGACUCUCAGCCUGAGAAGGUUGGACAAGAUGUUCCUAACUCUUCAGACGCAAAGAAAACUACAGGGAUCACUAUAAUCCACCAGACAUACUUCUGAGUUCUGCUUAGCCUCACUCUGAAAGCAAGUGCUGUAUUCUACAUCACUGUCUCCUUAUUGCAAAUCACUACAGGAUGACUCUUGAAGCCCUUACACUCAUAUCUUCAUGUGGACAUUAUAAUCAAAUGAUAUGCCACGACAGUGAAGGAAGAUCCUGGGUUGACGGAGCCACACUCAUGCCAGGGCAGCUGGCAUAGACAUAAGCCUCUGUGAUUCACUUUGUACAUCCACAAAAAUGGGUUAUCUUUCCAUCUCAGCAAAUGAAGAUGAAGUCCCUGCCUCCGAGUGUUAUGUAUGGACCUCACUGCCUUCUCUGAUGAAAGACAAAACACUGCCUCCAAAGACAUGGACCGGACUGCGUGGCCCACAUUCCAACUCCUCUGUUGCUCUCCCAGCUUUCUCAUGCUCACUGGCUGUCAACUAGCUUACAGGGAGCAUCUAUUCUCCCAGGCUUAUGACUUAAUGAUUUAGCCUCUGUCACUACACAUAGUUAUCAACAACCUGGCAAAGGGAACCCAGCCUUAAGCAUCCCCAAAGCCCUUCUAAUAAGUCAUUCCUGAAGGGUUUCAAGACAGAAUAUAUUCAGCAGAAAUAGCAUUGAAAUGAAAUUGAAAAAUUCAGAAUUCCUAAAGGAGAUCUGGUAUCAUGCUUUUUUUUUCUUUUCUGAUCCUGUGAUUCGGACCAAAGUCCUCACACUGCAAGUGCUGUGUCACUGAGAUAUAUACUAAUCCCUUUCUGUAACUUUUAUUUUGAGGUAGAUUCUCACCAGGUUAUCCAGAACCUGGAACUCCUUGCGUGGCCUUGAACUUUGAACUCUCUUGCUUCAACCUCCAAAAGGAGCUGGCAAUACAAGUGUGAACCACCAGGCCUGGCUAUGCCUUAUUUAAUUUUCAAUUUUUUUUAAGAUAGGUUUUUAUGUAUGUAGCCCAGGCUGUCCUACAACUUGUUGUGUAGCUGUGACUCACCUUGACCUUCCUUCCUCUACCUCCUGGCUAGGCAUUAUUUUAUCAAUGAGCUGCCUAUGGUUUUUAUUAGGACUCCAGAACAAAAUGAUUGUGAUAAUGAUCCCACUCACAGGGGCACAGCUGUGAGCAGAGUCUGACCUGCUUAAAUAAGAUUUCAGUGAGAAAGAAGAACUAGGCAUGGGAGCAUCUGACAUAGAGAAUGGUGUUGUCCUGCUUUUUCCAAGAGUGUGAAGCCAUUCCAACUGCCGAAUGUUCCACAUUCCUCGUGUACAUAUUAUUCCAGAUGUAAAUAUAUAUUACAUUAAGCCCAGGCUAGUGUUGACUUCAUACAUAUCCCAGGAUGACCUUCAGCUCAUGAUCCUCCUGUCUCCCACUUCCCAUGCACUGGAAUCACAGGUGUGGGUCACCAGGCCUGGGAAGUAAUUCAGUUUUCUUAGUUCUCUAGAAAAAACCAUACACAAAGUCUAACCUUCCUCCUUUCACGUCAAGUACUGUUCCCACCAGGAUUCUUGAAAGUGUGCUAACUAAGCAGGGGACGAGCUGAGCCAGGAGGAAAGGACAGACACAAAACAAUGUGAUUCAAAGUUUCCAGGAAGAGCUGAAGAACAUCUCAAGUUCCACAGAACACACUUUCAGCACACAGCAGACAGGGGACAAAGAACUAUGUGUGGUGUUAGAUGUGAGAGUGGAACAUCUGCACCCUACUAGUGACUCAAAGCAUCACCUCAAGUUUAUCCAUACACCUGUUACUUUGCUUGACCAUAUACUUGAGCAAAACAACAACAACAACAACAACAACAACAAAAAAAAACUGUUCUUUCCCAGGUCUAGUAGGGGAGGUUAUUAAAAAGAUUCUAUUUGAUUCUAGGAUUAAUGCCAGCAUCCAUCGCUGCCUUCAUCCACAACAGAAUGUCCCAUAACCCGGAAACAGAUUUCCUAGAAGAUGAAAGCCAUGGCUGAGUCUGUGAUCAUCAGUUCUGCUCAUCUUCAAAAGUGAAAUUGGGGUAACAUCUGUACUGGCUUUCUUCACGGAAACUGACAUAGUCAGAAUUAUGCAUUUUGUCUAGAGACAGUUGUUUCCCUGGCAAAAGUACGAAUUUUCUAUUUCCCCACUCCCUAAUCAGUCCACAGCCUCGAAUGUGGACUUCAGUGGACUUCAGUCUCGGCAGAUUGCUCCAGAGUCAGACACAAAUGCUCAGGUUAUCGCUCUGGAUGACACUCUUAUUAUAAAACACUUCAAUGCAACUGCCAAUGAGUCUUCCGCCAAGUGCCAAGUUUCUGCUGCAAAUUCUUUCUCAUUAAAGUAUCAUAUUUGGUUUUCCUGA